UUUAGCACAUUAUGUCCAAGUCAAAUCUCCCCUAUGGGGACAGUAAAGCAUAGAGCUAUCAUUUAUCUGUCAAAAUGCAUUAUGCAGAAGUGACUUGCUGUUGAAUUAAAAAGAAAAAAUGUGUUUAUCUAAAAACAGAAUUAGUGUGAGAUGCUAAAAAGAGAGAGGAGGGGAAAAAAUACUGAAAAUAUACAAUGAAGGUAAAUUAUACUCUAAAAAUAGAUUAUAUUUCAUGCACAAGCAGAGUUAACCAAUAGGAUUUUAAAAGGAUUUUUGUUGAUACUCUAUAAAAUUAGUUUUUAGAGAUUAACAUGCUUUAAUAAUGGAUAGAUUGUCCAAAUCUCUUUGGGGCAUUUUGGUCUCCUCUGUCACCUUCAGCCACAUGUUUUCUGCUUCCUCUAAGCCUUGUCACAAACUGCUAUCCGGACUUCAAAUGACUUUUUGGUCAAUUGUUUUCUUCAUAUUAUUCUUAUGUAAAGGGAGAGCAGAACUAAUAGUUACCCUGCUGACAUCUGAGCUGUGGCUCUCUGUAGUUCACAUCCAUAAUUCAAUCCAUCAGGAAGUAUAUUCUCUUCCAGGGAUACCAUUCAUCUUCUUGCUGUUCCUCUGAUUAAUAAUCUCCUCACCCAUCAAUGUAGAUGGAUUUCUAUGUCUUUUGAAACAUGCUGUUGUGCCACAGUCUUCAUUUCCACCCUGAUACUGUUUGCUCACUAAUGUUCUCAAACAAAUCUAUAUGGCCCUCACUGAGCAGCUAGAUUUAUUUAAUUAAUUACUUUAAUUACUCACAAAUGGACAGUCUGAAGAUAACUGGUUGCACUGGAUUUUAUUUAGAUGCACCAGAGUAAAUGGUGAAUAGAAUUAAAAUGCAGCAAACAUGUGAAAAAAACAUGCACAUUUUCCUUCCAGAAUAUUCCAAAGUAUCACUAAUAAACAUGGCUUCGUGUAAACCAUCUCCCCCACCUGUUUUGUUGGUGGAGCUCUUGGAGGCGGACUGCCUGCACGUCCCAUCAUCCAUCCAUCACUGCUCCCAUCCAAUCAGCUGCGGCCUGAUGGGACCUGCUGUGCAGUCAAACUGUUUUUCUUCUCUCAUCCUUGGAUACCUUGAGAAGGGAGCACAGAUCUUGUCUGUCUGCCGUGGCCGUGCCGCUACUGGUACCCCGACCUGGGCCUGAUGGAGAACACCCGCCGCUUCGCGAACCGCUUCUCCGACUACAGAGGCGCGCUGCUGCCGGGCCAGAGCGCCGAGGCCGUCCUCCCAGCCAUCGUUGCCAAAAUUGACAAGAUCCUAAAAAAGAUCCAGGUCGACAUCAGCGACUGCGAUGGAGGGCUGUACGACGGGCCGGCCGGAGUCGCUUACAUGCUGUACCACGUCAGCGAGUGUCCGCUGUUCUCCGAGCAGCGGGACGUCUACCUGAAGACGGCCAAGCAGAUCAUCGACGCGUCGGUGAGGUACGCGGACGCGGAGCCCGACCAAAACAUGCGAGCCGCCUUUCUGCUCGGCGGGGCGGGCAUCUACGCCGUGGCCGCGAUGAUAUACAAGUCCCUGGGCUUGGCGGAUUUUGUAAAGCCGCUGACCAAGUUUCGGAACCUGUGGGAGGUGUGUGCGCCCAUCAAUUUCCUGGAGUGCGGCUCGGACGAGCUGUUUGUGGGGAGGGCGGGCUACCUGUGCGCCGCGCUGGUCCUGAAGCAGAAGCUGGGCAUUGAGAUCCUGAGCAAAGAUCAGAUCAAAUCUAUUUGCCAAGCCAUCAUCGAGUCAGGAAAACAAUACGCCAGGAGGAAGAGGAAGCCUUUCCCUCUGAUGUAUUCAUACUAUGGAACAGAAUAUCUUGGUGCAGCCCACGGCCUCUCUUCAGUGCUGCAGAUGCUGCUCAGCUACCAGGAUGUCCUCAGCGGGGCGGAGAAGGACCUGGUGUGGCAGAGCGUUGACUUCCUCAUGACUCAGGAGCAGAACUGCAACUGGCCGGCAGAGCUGGGAGCAGUCAUCGAGAGGGAAAACGAGCUGGUGCACUGGUGCCACGGCGCCCCAGGCGUGGCGUAUCUUUUUGCAAAAGCCUAUCUGAUCAAUAAGAAGCCACAGUAUCUGGACACGUGUAUCCGCAGUGGGGAGCUCGUCUGGCAGAAAGGCCUGCUGAAGAAAGGGCCUGGCAUUUGUCACGGGGUUGCAGGCAGCGCUUAUGUCUUCCUCCUGCUUUAUCGCCUCACAGGCAAUUCCAAAUACCUCUACCGUGCCCAAAGGUUUGCAGAGUUUAUCUUCACCGAGGAGUUUAAGGCGGGAUCCCUCUCGGUCACCAGCAUCUACAGCCUGUUCGAGGGCCUUUCCGGGACUGUUUGCUUCCUGGUCGAUCUCCUGCAACCAGACCAGUCAGAGUUCCCUCUGUUCAGCGUGUUUGUGUGAACGGAUCCAGCAUCGCGCUGUUUCCUGACCAGAAGAGACGUUAUAAUUUUUACAAUAGACGGAGUAACAUGCACUGUAAAAGCAGGACAGUAUGUGAGUGGGUUUCAGUUGGAGUGAAACAUUUGAUGCUGUAGCAGAGAAGGUUUUUGCUUUGUGUGGACAUACACCUUGCAGGCUUUAGCAGAAUCACCACUAACAUUUUCUGUUUCAGUUUAGUCAGCUAAAAUGAGGCCUCACAGCCAUUUAAACCUGAGAUACGUAUUUAAAAGUUUCCUUUGGAUGUCCCUUAUCUACAGAGUCUAAUAGAAUCUCCUCAGAUUUGCUUUAGCAUUAAAAAUAACAGCAGCUAACAUGCAUAAAAGAAAACAAAUUUGCUCAAUUUGUGAGUAAAUGUAGUUCAAAUGUUCUGAAAAAAAUGUAUAGCUGCAAAAUAUCUCAUUAAACAUAUUUACAUGAGUCAAAAACAAUUAAAUCAAUCCAUAAACACUGGCAGCAUGUGCAUUUUGCUAAAGGAACGGUAGCUAGUGGCUAGCUCUGCUGCAGUGCUAACGCAAGCCUGCAUACAAACAGAAACAACAAAAAGGGAUUCAGCCACAGAGAUAGUGAUAGUUUUAUCACUGUUUUAAAACAUUUCCGUUGAUCCUGGUUGGUAAAAUUACUGGUAAAUGGAUAGCCACUACAACGGUAUCACUAGCUAGGCUAUUAAUAAACUACUCAGCUGAAAGCAACUCAAAAACUCCAAUAACAUUUUUAAUAAUUAUUAUUUUCUCUUGUAGUUAUCUUUCAAAACCCCAUUCAGAGUUUUAACUAAAAAGGAAAAGAAAUAAAUUAAUGUGUGUGUGUACCCUUAAUCUCAGGACAGAGAUAAACAUGUGCACUAUCGACAGCCUAAAGUAAAUGAAAUCACAACUAAGUCACACAUACGCUCAAAUAUAAAAAAAAAAAUAAAAAUAAAAAAAACGAGUCACAUAAUGCCUUUGAAGUUUACACCAGCUAACCAUCACACAAUGCAGUUAAUUUAAGUCUUUAGGGACACAAUCUCUCAAUUUGUUGUUGUCAAAACCUUAAAUAUUUAAUGAAUAAAAAAGUGGUUCAAUGACACCAAGCUUUCAGAGUUACUGAUACAUGUUAGAGGUACAGCAGGUAAAUGUUGAGAUUAAUAUUUGUUCAUUGUUGUAACAGUUUCCCUUUGUUCUGUUUCACCUGUGUGGCUUCUGUUUUUGGUGUUUCCAGCUCUGUUGGCCACCGUGUCGGGACUUUGAAAUUGUAAGACGUUGUAAUUUGUUUCACCCUGUGGAAAAUGAAAACAAUUUGUUCUAGGCUGUAACUUUGUGAUGAGAAAAGAACAAAAAGAAAAGUCUGGCUUUCUUCUUAUUUUUCUUCUAAGCAAAUUCCAGACGUGACUUUUUUCCACGCUGUGUAAUAAUUGAUGUCUUUUAAUUGUGAUAAUGUGGCCUUACAAAAAUCCUUAUCAUUAAGUCUAAAAAUACAAAUGGAAGAUGCUUUGGCCAGCAUUUACUGUGUGAACAAGUGGCUCAAGUAAUAAUAAAAAAAAAAGGCCUGUAAACAACAGCAAACCAAAGCAGUUUCUGAUGCUACAUGUGCCUGUCGCUCCAUAUUUCUAAGCUACAUUAGUGAGUGAAUGUUGUUGCAAUUACAGUCUAAUCCACAGGAUUAUUGUUAAGUGUCCAGAUCAGAACAUAAAUGAACAAAAGGA